AGAAAUAUUGUAUUUUCCUGGGUGGAUGGCCUUCACUGGAUAAAGCCUGUCUAAACGGCACUGAUAGCCUGCUAGUACAACGUGGGAGAGGGCUGCUGAAAUGUGCGUCAAAUCUUUAUGUUACAUUGCUAAAUGUAAAGUUAGUCGUAUGAAUAAUCAGUUGAUUAGCGGCUCAUAAUACAAGGCUUUGACCAAGUUACCUCGACAUUAGCAACGCUACAUCUGUAACUUGGACGAAGGCAAAUGAUCGCUACACAGGUGCUGUCUAAAUUUGUUGACUGGGACUGAGACUUGAUUGGGUCUGUGAAAUCCGCUUUUCCCCUCUCUGUAAGACAUCUCUGGCCAUGAAUGAAGUUAAUAUUGUCAGAGAGGGCUGGCUUCAUAAAAGAGGUGAAUAUAUCAAAACAUGGAGGCCAAGGUAUUUCAUUCUAAAGAGUGAUGGUUCCUUCAUUGGUUACAAGGAAAAGCCUGAUCUCAGUGACCAGACCUCCCCACCUCUCAACAACUUCUCAGUUGCAGAAUGUCAGUUAAUGAAGACUGAAAGACCCCGUCCCAACACAUUUGUCAUCCGUUGCCUGCAGUGGACCACUGUCAUUGAACGUACCUUCCAUGUGGACAGCAAUGAAGAAAGAGAGGAGUGGAUGCGAGCAAUUCAGUCAGUUGCAAAUAGUCUGAAGAUGAGGGAACAGGAGGAGGAGGAACCAAUGGAUGUGUUCGGCUCACCAAGUGAGAGCAGCUUGGAGGAGAUGGAGAUGGCUAUGUCUAAGAGUUGCUCCAAAGUGACAAUGAGUGACUUUGAGUACCUGAAGUUGCUUGGCAAAGGGACAUUUGGGAAAGUGAUUCUGGUCAAAGAGAAGUCCACUGGAGUACAUUAUGCCAUGAAAAUACUGCGCAAAGAAGUCAUAAUAGCAAAGGAGGAGGUGGCCCACACAGUCACAGAGAGCAGAGUGUUACAAAACACACGACAUCCCUUUCUCACGACUCUGAAGUAUGCCUUCCAGACUCACGAUCGACUCUGUUUUGUAAUGGAAUACGCCAACGGUGGUGAGCUCUUCUUCCACUUGUCACGUGAACGAGUGUUCACAGAAGACCGGGCACGCUUCUACGGUGCUGAGAUUGUGUCAGCGCUCGAGUAUCUCCAUUCACGUGACGUUGUUUAUCGUGAUCUGAAGCUUGAGAAUUUGAUGCUGGACAAGGAUGGCCAUAUCAAAAUCACAGAUUUUGGUCUUUGUAAAGAGGGGAUUACCCCUGAUGCCACCAUGAAAACAUUCUGUGGAACUCCUGAGUAUCUGGCACCUGAGGUCCUAGAAGAUAAUGACUACGGCCGGUCUGUGGACUGGUGGGGUCUGGGUGUGGUCAUGUAUGAGAUGAUGUGCGGCCGUCUGCCUUUCUACAACCAGGAUCAUGAACGAUUGUUUGAGCUCAUCCUUAUGGAGGAGAUUCGCUUCCCCAGGAACCUGAUGCCCGAGGCCAAGUCCCUACUGGCUGGCCUCCUCAAGAAGGACCCUAAGCAGAGGUUAGGUGGAGGUCCCAAUGAUGCCAAAGAAGUAAUGAAUCACAAAUUCUUUAUCACCAUCAACUGGCAGGAUGUCGUACAGAGGAAGCUCACCCCUGUCUUUAGACCACAAGUGACCUCAGAGACAGACACCCGUUACUUUGAUGAGGAGUUCACAGCCCAGACUAUUACUCUUACUCCUCCAGACAAGUAUAAUAGGUUGGACUGCGAGGACCCAGGCCAGCAAGCUCAUUUCCCCCAGUUCUCUUAUUCUGCUAGCAUAAGAGAGUGAAAGCUGCUCUGCCCCAUAGACCCACACCAAAACACACAAACAAAAGGAUCCCUUUCAUCUUUAAAAUGCCCUUUACCUCUAUCCUGGACUAAGUUUUAGUCCCAUCAGUUUCUAAGUGCCUGGACUUUGGGCCAUAUGGUUCUAGAAAAGCCUUCUUUUGUCUACACUACAUACAAAGCCAGGCCACACUGAAUCGAACUGGAGUACCUUUCAUAUUAAUGGCUCAGCACAACGUGAGAAUAUCCAGAAUCCAGAAUCUGUCAGGAGUCCAUAGCACCUUCGGUGGCCUUUAAAAAGCUUCCACAGAUAAUCUUAAACACUAUCCUUUUAUGUCUUAUGAGAAACCUUAACAGUUCACGAUUGUUCCAAGUGCUGUUCUUCAAAUCUAUGAACUAGCUGUUACCAAGGAUGACAGGUUUAUCUAUGAGGGAGGAAGAAGCAUGAAGUUGGUGGGGGGGGGGUUUGCUUGUUUUUUUUGCUAGGUGUGUAUGUGGAUAUUCUUGUUUUUGUUUUUUGGUUGUUUUUGUUUUUUUAGAAAAUAGUGGCAAGAUAUCCAACCUGUAUGUCUAUAUUCAGGCCGAAGGGCCAGUGACAGCAUGAGCUUUGGUGUGUGUGCCUUUAGAAAACAAUUUCCAAGUAUACAUCAGCAAAAAGAGCUGAAUUCUGAUGACACAUGAUGAUCAAACUGUCCUGUUUCAAAUCAAAUCAAUUUAAUGAAAACAAAAACACAUUUUGUUUUGUUUCAUCUAUGAAUGUGAUCCUCUUUAAUAAAUCUUUCAAGUGUAACAAGUGACUUAUAAUGAAAAAAAUAUUCCAACAGAUAUUUAAUCUCCAUGGGGAGAAGAAUACACCAUACCCCAAUAUCCAUUUGAAGUCUAAGUCAUAAUUAUGUGUACCUCUCGUGAUCAGAUAGUUGAUAAUCAAGUCAACACUUGUCAGUUUAGAAUAUUUUUUAUCAAAUUUAUUGUUCUUGUUUUUCAACUUUUUUGUUAAAUGAAAAUAAAUGUUAGCAUCCCCAAAGUAAAGAACCACUAAACCAUGUUAUUAUUCACACUUUGAUGUUGCAUAGGCACUACUGUUGAAACAGGGAUUACCUGCCUAGAACCAAACAGAAAUCAACGCUUGUCAGGACAAUUCCUAUUUAGAGUUAUAACAUUUGUUAGCCUUAAAGGUUUUUUAAUUUCAAAUUCAUUCAACUUUGAUGCAUUUUUCACACAUUGCUAAGAAUGUAGACGUUUGCCUAAUAACUCACCUUCUCACAUUUACCUGCUGGAUACUGUACAAGUUAAUUAUAGAGAAAUAGCCGACCUUGGAUUUCCGUUAUUGACCAAUGAGAAUCAAAUAUUCAAUAUAUAUUCAAGCCUGUAAUAAGAUGUCAAAUCUUCCUGGCUUUUGUUUAUCUGUCAUCUUUUGCUGCUUUGUUUAUUGUUCUGUUUGCUACCUCAGGACAUCCAAACUGCUGCAUUUCACUCUUUUCUGAGGUGCUUAAAUAUCUUCAAGGGAGGAGCAUGAACAUGGUCUAUCUUGAGAUAGUUUGAGUGCAAUUGUGACAUUCAAGGAUGCGCUUUUAUUAUUUUGGAUUCUCUUCUAUGCACUGCACUGUUUAAAUGAAAAGCUGGUGCAGACAACCUGCUCAAGUUUUUAUUCGUCACAAAGCCUUCUACCACUUGUAGUGUUUUAAAAAUCAUUUCUGUUUUUUGUGUGUCAUUGUAUUAGUUCUUAACCUAUUUUCUUCCCUCCAUGCUUCUUGAACCUCCAUCACAUUCAUAAAUUAAGGAAACUCAUAAUUGUUUAACUGACUUUCACCUUUAAUAUUAAUUUCAAACAAUUUGUUUCUAUUUGUCUAUGAAUGUAAUUAUGAAAGACAAUGAUCAAUAAAUGUCUUAUUUUGAA